GAAAUAGUUGAGGCAUUGUCAGAUGGUCUAAUGAAAACAAGGCUGAGUCAUGUCAGAUGCUGAAUUUCAGCUAUUUAACAAGGUAGCUGCGUCACAGACGAAGUAAAACAUCAAAAAUGGCUGUGAUGACGAAUUAUUCGCAAGUCCCUGAAGGGCAACAAGUCCAUCAAGCAUGGUUUGAAGCACCCGUCAAGAAUUACCGUGGCAAUAGUGAAUACACUGAAUGGUUCAAAUCUAUUCUCGCCGAGGAACUCGCCGUUCUCCAGGCCUUUCAUUCAUAUCAAAAGAGCCCAGACGAAGCAGCUCACGACAUCACUCGGCCCAUCUCCAACUCCCCCGUUCCAAAUCUGGGAAGCUAUUCGGAUGAAAUUGUGGCUCUCUGUCAUCUAUGGGAUGUUCUGGUGAAAGCUCUCAUCGAAUGGCCCUCCUCCCGCACGCCAGACCUCAUCGCCCUUCUCACCGCGAUAUCGAACACCCCGGAUAGCCUUCAUCGGGGAGAGGCCAUCGAUGAUGACGAUAGCCUCCUCUCCUGGAAUAGACUUCCUUAUAUUCACAUGAUUUGGGGUGAUUCCCAUUGGAUGGAACCGGAAGACAUCGUCGAAGAGUGUUCCAAGAGAGACGAUUACGAAGCUGCCAGGCAGCAUGGCCGUGAUAAUUAUCUCAAAACACAAGACGUCGAAGCGCAACUCGUGGCAGCGGGUCUAGCCUAUUUUGAUAUAAAGCGUGCAUUCGAUUACCUGAUCUUUACACUCGAAUGGCAACUCGAUCCCAAGGUCGACCGGGUGGAAGCACCAAGGGAGGAACAGGCCAGCGAGUCAUUUGAACCAGAUUUUCACAUUCCGGCUGUGACUUGUUGGGUCAAGCAUACCGGGCGGAAGUUAUAUGAGGGCCUUUGCAACGAAGAGAUGAAGAAAUGGGAUCUGAGAGAUGUUCCUAGUGUGAUAAAGCAUUUUGACCAGCCUGCUGAACGGUGGGCGUUUUGGAAAGAACGAUUAGUCGGGGUUGCCAAAGAUUGGCCGGAUGAGUUUGUCAGAAAUGCAGCAGAACAGGCUGUGAAGUAUAUGCAGGAUAUCGCCUGAGAUGACUUUGUGCAGAAAUGAGAAAAUUCGUC